UUCGAGGUUGAUGGACAGAGUGUUGGCUGGAGUCCCUCGUCAGCAGUGCCUCGUCUACCUGGACAUCCUGGCCCACGGCAGCUUGUUCGAGGCAACGCUAAAGUCCUUGAGUAUGAAUUCACACAGGCUGUCUGUGAAAACAUGGACAGAGGAGGACAGUGACCGCGCCGACAGCACACUUAGCAGAGGACAGUCCAUGUGCGAUGACACUUCCUCAGAACUACAGAGGAUGGCGGCCAUUGAUCGGAGAGACAUCAACUCCCAGAAUUCCUUUCGUGGCCGAGGGGCUCUGUCCAGGAUUGUCAACAUGGUGAUGACUCUGAGAGAAUGGGCUCAGAAGAGCAUGGCCGAGGAGACGGAGCGGCCCGAUUCCUUUCUGGAGCGUUUCCGAGGCCCCGCCCAUAUGGACAUACAAGCUCCACCUAGUCGCUUUAGUCACAGCCACAAUGGCUCUGAAACGGAGAGCGAAAUGAGACGCGCUCGAAGAAAGAGAACGUGUAACAAUGUUAUCCUAUCACCUUCGGAUGAUGUGUAUUACCACUGGCUGAUGGUGAUUGGGCCCGCUGUUUUUUAUAACUGGACCCUCUUGGUCGUCAGGGCCUGUUUCGACGAGUUGCAGAUGAGGAACGUUAUGGUGUGGCUGGUCAUGGACUACAUCUGUGAUGGAGUCUAUAUCCUGGACAUAGCUGUUCGUCUCCACACAGGCUUCUUGGACCAGGGAUUGAUGGUGAAAGAUGGCCAGCGUCUGAGGGAAACCUAUAUGCGAACUUUUCAGUGUCAGCUCGACAUCUGCUCCAUCCUUCCAACUGACCUGUUGUACUUGACCUUUGGAGUUAGUUACACCCCUCUUCUUCGCUUCAAUCGACUCCUGCGCCUGCCAAGGCUGUUUGAAUUCUUCGAACGCACGGAGACAAGAACGGGCUACCCGAACACUUUCCGCAUCUGUAAACUUGUCGUAUACAUCCUGGUCAUCAUCCAUUGGAAUGCCUGUGUAUACUACAGCUUCUCCAAAGCCCUGGGAUUGGGCUCGGAUUCUUGGGUGUAUCCCAAUGCCUCGGAUCCAGAGUUUGCCUCCCUGACCAGAAGUUACAUCUACUGCCUGUACUGGUCUACUUUGACACUCACUACCAUUGGAGAGACACCGCCUCCUGUUCGAGAUGAGGAGUAUCUCUUCCUGAUAUUUGACUUUCUGGUUGGCGUUCUAAUCUUUGCAUCCAUUGUGGGGAAUGUUGGAUCCAUGAUAUCUAACAUGAAUGCUACCCGAGCGUCCUUUCAGGCUCGUGUCGAUGCUCUGAAACAUUACAUGCACUUCAGACAUGUCAACAAGGAGCUAGAACAGCGUGUGAUUCGUUGGUUUGACUACCUCUGGACCAAUCAGAAGACAAUAGACGAACAGGAAGUGCUAAAGAGCUUGCCCAGUAAACUAAGAGCGGAGAUUGCGAUCAAUGUUCACCUGGACACGUUGAAGAAGGUACGUAUUUUCCAGGACUGUGAGGCAGGCCUCUUGGUAGAGUUGGUGCUAAAACUUCAACCACAAGUUUUCAGUCCAGGCGACUACAUCUGUCGAAAGGGAGACGUGGGUAAAGAGAUGUAUAUAAUUAAAGAUGGCCGCCUGGCAGUGGUGGGGGAAGACGGGGCUACCCAGUUAGCUGUUCUCACAGCAGGUAGCUGCUUCGGUGAAAUCAGCAUCCUGAAUAUCAGCGGCAGCAAGAUGGGGAACCGCCGGACAGCCAAUAUUCGCAGUCUGGGAUACUCGGACCUUUUCUGCCUUUCCAAACAAGACCUGAUGGAUGCACUGCAGGAGUUCCCUCACGCCAGGGCCCAGCUGGAGCAGAGGGGUCGUGAUAUCCUGCAGAAGGAGGGGCUCCUGGAGGAAGUCGGUGUGUCUGCAGGGGAGGAGCUGGGGGAGAAGGUGGAGAGGUUGGAAACCGGUCUGGAUCGGCUACAGACAAGCUUGGCACGACUGCAGAGCGAGUUCAACUCUUCUCAGCUUCGAAUGAAACAGCGAAUCACAGCUCUUGAGCACAUCGCCACGCCACGCCCACUAGCGACGAACUGACCAACGUCCAACAUUGCGUUUCUGGAAGACUUCAGGAAGUGAAUGAUGUGUCUUGUGGAGUGAGAAGAGGGGAGGAAGAAAUGGCGCUUCGCCUCACGUUGCUGGCAGCUGGCGUCUCACCAAUGUCCGCGGCCGAUGCGCUGGGCGUCAUAGAGAGUCUCUUUCUGGCCACCCAUCAGCGUCCUUGGCUCUGGGCUGUUUAUGUCUUCACCGUUGGACUUCCUAUCAUUCUUUUCAUAAGCUUCAUGUGGCCCCACAAGAGGUUCGGCCCCCCUGAUCAACAAUAUUACUACAAGAAGUCUUCUGACGCACAACCAGAUGAUCCUGAACGCUCACAGAGGAAGCAGCCAAGGCAUAUCAGUGAUGCAGAUGGAGGAGCACACUCAAGAACAAGCAUAAGAGGAUGCCACAUGAUUGGAAAGUGUAAUAAAACACAUAACUGGUGAAUAAUUUGUACAGUUUGGUGUGACCCCCAACAAGAAAAUAUCAUGCUGGGACUGUGACAUUCUCUACUGGAACAAAAAGGUUCUUUCCCACAGUUAUUCACAAGAAAAAGGUUAGUUUGAAUUAACACCGUAACUAUACCACCGAGAUUACAAAGCCUGCUCCGUUGCAUGAAAUUAAGAUGGAAAAGUAACAUAUGGAAGAGAGGAAAGUUUGCACUUGUGAUGCCAUCGCAUGCCUGCGUCCACCUGGGGAUCCACGCACCUUGGCCUGCUUCCCUGCAAUUCAGCAAUUUUUACUGAAGAAAAUGUUAAAAACGAUUGGACUCAUACAGAAAAUAUAUUUAGAAACAGUUCAAUGGACAAAUAUUCAUGUCUGUUUUGUUAUUAUUCGUGUUUUUACAUUUUUCAUCACAGCGAUAAGACAAGAAUAAAACAAGAAUGAAACUCAAUAGCGUACAGACCUCGCCAAGGCCAAACGGUCGUAAACAUGUCCAUCCGACGCAUUGGUCAAAGCAGUGGUUCUGAAACCUGUCAUGGUCUGCAGUGCUGCUCUGCUGCCGCCUAUGUGUGCUUUGUUGCAGCACACUAUCUACGGCCAAUUAUCCUGGCUGGUUUUAGCUGGCUUUAGCUGUGCCAGUGUGUGAACUCAUUGCCAGAUUGUUCCUUGCUUCAUGCCUGACUCCCACCAUUCCUCGCCUCGUGUUCAUUCUUGUACCUUACUUUCUGGUCUACCCUUUUUACAUCGUGAGCACGUUAUUCCCCUGCUUGACUUACCCAGCAGUGGUAAUUUUUGUGUAGCUUGGCUCACGUUCCAGCAGUGUCUUUUGUUCUGUUACCUCGUUUUCCAGCUCUGUGCCAGCUGGGA